AUGCUCGAGCCCGGUUUUGAUGAAGAGGAGCUCAACAAGCAGAAGCUGGUGGUGGCGAAGCGGUCAUUCCGGAGGCUCCGCCGGUGCGCAGCGCACUCGACCUCCUCCGAGCCGGGACGCGCAGGCGCGAGCAGGAAGGAGGCUUCUGAUUGGCCGCCUCCGGCGACGGAGGGCGCGGGGGCGUCGCGCAGAAAUGACGCCACGUCGCUGCUUCUUAAAGGCUCCGGCCCCGCGCGCCGUGGAUGGCGCAGGCACAAAUUUCACAUUUUUUUUCCCUUUCUUAGGACAAAGUUAAACUAUAAUCCUCCAAAAGAUGAUGGAUCAACUUACAAAAUUGAACUUGAAGGGAUAUCAGUAAUGGUUAUGAGAGAGAUCCUGGAUUACAUCUUCAGUGGGCAGAUCAGGCUGAAUGAAGAUACAAUCCAGGAUGUUGUCCAGGCGGCAGACCUGCUCCUGCUCACGGACCUUAAGACUCUGUGCUGUGAGUUUCUGGAGGGCUGCAUUGCUGCCGAGAACUGCAUCGGCAUCCGGGACUUCGCUCUGCACUACUGCCUGCACCAUGUGCACUACCUUGCCACGGAGUACCUUGAAACGCACUUCCGCGACGUCAGCAGCACCGAGGAGUUCCUGGAACUGAGUCCGCAAAAGCUCAAAGAAGUGAUUUCUCUUGAGAAGUUAAACGUUGGCAAUGAAAAAUACGUGUUUGAAGCAGUGAUUCGAUGGAUAGCACACGAUACAGAAAUAAGAAAGGUCCACAUGAAGGAGGUGAUGUCUGCACUCUGGGUGUCAGGGUUAGACUCCAGCUAUUUACGGGAGCAGAUGCUGAAUGAACCCUUGGUCCGAGAAAUCGUCAAAGAGUGCAGCAACAUACCUCUGAGCCAGCCCCAGCAGGGAGAGGCCAUGCUCGCCAACUUCAAACCGCGGGGUUACUCGGAGUGCAUCGUGACGGUCGGUGGAGAGGAGAGAGUUUCACGGAAACCAACCGCAGCCAUGCGCUGUAUGUGCCCUCUCUACGACCCGAAUCGGCAGCUCUGGAUUGAACUGGCCCCUCUGAGCGUGCCGAGGAUUAACCACGGCGUGCUGUCGGCAGAAGGAUUUUUGUUUGUGUUCGGGGGCCAAGAUGAAAAUAAGCAGACACUGAGCUCGGGAGAGAAGUAUGAUCCAGAUUUAAAUACGUGGUCUGCAUUGCCACCAAUGAAUGAGGCACGACAUAACUUUGGGAUAGUGGAGAUUGACGGGAUGCUGUACAUUUUGGGAGGAGAGGAUGGUGAAAAGGAGCUCAUUUCCAUGGAGUGUUACGACAUUUAUUCCAAGACUUGGACAAAGCAACCUGAUUUGACCAUGGUUAGAAAGAUUGGCUGCUAUGCAGCUAUGAAAAAGAAAAUCUAUGCCAUGGGCGGCGGGUCAUAUGGAAAGCUCUUUGAGUCAGUGGAAUGCUACGACCCCAGGACCCAGCAGUGGACGGCCAUCUGUCCCCUGAAGGAGAGGAGAUUCGGGGCUGUGGCCUGUGGAGUUGCCAUGGAGCUGUACGUGUUUGGGGGCGUCCGGAGUCGUGAGGACAUCCAGGGGGGUGAGAUGGUCACCUGCAAGUCUGAGUUCUACCACGAUGAGUUCAAAAGGUGGAUCUACCUUAACGACCAGAACUUGUGCAUUCCCGCCAGCUCCUCAUUUGUGUACGGCGCUGUGCCCAUUGGUGCCAGCAUUUAUGUUAUCGGGGAUUUGGAUACAGGUACCAACUAUGACUAUGUGCGCGAGUUCAAGCGGAGCACAGGAACCUGGCACCACACCAAGCCACUGCUGCCCUCCGACCUGCGCCGUACCGGCUGCGCCGCCUUACGGAUCGCCAACUGCAAGCUCUUCCGCCUGCAGCUGCAGCAAGGCCUGUUCCGGAUCCGCGUGCACUCACCUUGA